AUGACUGCAGGCAACCGCUCUCAGCUGAUUGGCAGUCAGAGUAGACCCUCUGAGGCACCCUUCCCCACACCCAAGAUGCCCAGGGCCUUGCAGAUACUGGGGGCCAUGGAGUCUCAGGUUGGGGGGGGGCCGGCCGGCCCGGCCCUGCCCAACGGGCCACUCCUUGGGACAAACGGAGCCACUGACGACAGCAAGACCAACCUCAUCGUCAACUACCUACCCCAGAACAUGACACAGGACGAGUUCAAGAGUCUCUUCGGCAGCAUCGGGGACAUCGAAUCCUGCAAGUUGGUCCGGGACAAGAUCACAGGGCAGAGCCUGGGGUAUGGGUUUGUGAACUAUUCUGACCCCAAUGAUGCAGACAAAGCCAUCAACACCCUCAACGGCCUCAAACUGCAGACAAAGACCAUCAAGGUGUCCUAUGCACGCCCCAGUUCCGCCUCUAUCCGGGAUGCUAACCUGUACGUCAGCGGCCUCCCCAAGGCCAUGAGCCAGAAGGAGAUGGAGCAGCUCUUCUCGCAGUACGGUCGGAUCAUCACUUCCAGAAUCCUGCUGGACCAGGCCACAGGUGUCUCUCGGGGUGUGGGAUUCAUCCGCUUUGACAAGAGGAUCGAGGCGGAGGAAGCCAUCAAGGGACUAAAUGGACAGAAACCACUGGGCGCAGCCGAGCCAAUCACUGUCAAGUUCGCAAACAACCCGAGUCAGAAGACAGGACAGGCCCUGCUCACCCACCUGUACCAGUCCUCUGCCCGGCGCUACGCGGGUCCCCUGCAUCAUCAGACACAGCGCUUCCGGCUGGACAAUUUGCUCAACAUGGCCUAUGGAGUCAAAAGUCCCCUGUCGCUCAUCGCCAGGUUUUCCCCAAUCGCCAUCGACGGCAUGAGCGGCCUGGCCGGUGUGGGCCUGUCUGGAGGCGCUGCGGGCGCCGGCUGGUGCAUCUUCGUGUACAACCUGUCCCCGGAAGCCGAUGAGAGUGUGCUGUGGCAGCUUUUCGGACCCUUUGGGGCAGUCACCAAUGUCAAGGUCAUCCGAGAUUUCACCACCAACAAGUGCAAAGGCUUCGGCUUUGUCACUAUGACCAACUACGAUGAGGCAGCCAUGGCCAUCGCCAGCCUGAACGGCUACCGCCUGGGUGAGCGUGUGCUGCAGGUGUCCUUCAAGACCAGCAAGCAACAUAAGGCCUGAGAGGUCGCCGCCCUCCCUCCCCGGGCAGCAGAGAGAGAGAGAGAGAGAGAGAGAGAGAGAGAGAGAGGGAGAGAGAGAGAGGGAGAGAGAGAGAGAGAGAGAGCGUGACUGCAAGAGCAGGCAGACCCACACACCUGCAAAAAACACCACAGGGUGAGCAUUGGGAUGGGGAGGGUCUGCAGGGAUGGGGGGACCCCCCACCCUGUCCUCCCUGCUUCCCCCACCCAGCUGGGGCCUGUUCACUCUCUCGUCUUGGUUUGGUUCAUGGUGAUGGCUUUUGUUUCUUUUUUUGGCUAAAAAUAAAAAGAAGAAAGCAGAGAGGAGACCCCCCCAUCCCACCUCCCCCUCACCACCCUGCAUGGGUUGGCUCAGGGGACACAGCAGUGCCCCACCCAGGCCUCCCUUGCCCAGGCCUGUCCUAUACCACAAGAAAGGGGAGGGAGCAGGUUUAAAAAUCCCCAAAACAGCAAAAACGUGAAAGAGGGGUGUGGGCAUCCCCAUCCCCCGCCCCAGUCCCCUGGGCAGAAAACAGGGAGCAGGGUUGGGGCAGGGCAGGAAGCAGAAACAAAAUGAAAA